AUGAAGAGGGUACCAAGACAAAAAUUAGGAGGCUUCUGCCCCUGGUAUGACAAUGGGACGCCUUCAGGUUAUCCGGGAUCCCAUGAUCAAACCGUGUCCACAAUCAAUCGUUCCCAACUGGACGUACCUAUCGUCGAUAUGACCAUUGGACAAUGGGACCGCACCAUCAGUGCAAACCCAAGCUUCCUGGUCUGCCCAACAGAAAGCGUGAAAGAUAGGGCUGCAAUUGUGCUCAUCGGGAGCACAUCAGGAAAGUAUGGCGAAGCGAUUCACGGCGAUUAUGCUAUCACGAUGAUGUAUGGCUUGACGACGACACUCAAAAGUGAUGUCGUGAAGAUCGCACCGAGGGGACGUGUAAAUUGUAUUGCACCUGGAUGGGUUCCGACGCCAAUAGUACAAGAGGCCCUGAAUGAUCCGGCCAUGAGCGGACCUGUAUUAGCUGCGCGAGUCAUGGUCAUUCUGAUGUCGGAACAGAAAGUCGAGUCACCAGUUAGCCCAACUCGUAGUUGGUACCCAACUUUACUUUGGGAAGCAGUUGUCCGACUUCUGCCCUCCAAGCCUCCUGUAAACGGCCGCUCGUUUGAGUGCGGUCCAGUUGCCCUAGAACAACCUGUCGAACCCUUUACUGCAGGAUCAACCUUGGCUGGACAUCUUACAUACCUAGCAGCAUCACAGCCAGUAACAAGCCUUGAAGCUGACUCGGACGGACCAAUACGUCUUCACCCAAUAGAUGGUCUUCCUGAUCUCAGUGGACAGAUCAAGGAUAAAGAUGCCCUGGCUAACGGUAUCGGCGGAUUCAGCGAUGCAUGGAGAUGCAUCUGGGUUGAGAAGAAUAUGAGGGUUGCCGUAAAAGCAAUCAGGAUUCAAGCUGAUGUUAAAGAUAGAGACAAGAAGAGCAGGGAGGCACAAACAUGGGCCACCCUGAAAGAUGUACACAUCUUACCGCUCAUUGGACUUACAUGGGGGUUUGGCCCUCUGCCUGCCCUUGUUUGUCCAUGGGUCGAGAAUGGUUUACUGCAUUCUUACCUGGAAUUGAAGCACGAUGAUCUCUCUUUGGGGCUGAGAUUCCACAUCCUUCAAGAAUUGGUAUCAGCAGUCUUAUAUUUUCAUUCGCAAGACGUCGUACAUGGUGACAUCACAGGAGUAUGUUUAUGA